CUUUUCCUUCCCUACCAUUUUACCUUGAACAUGACAUCCUUGACUGCCGAGCAGAAAUACGACCUCAUCACUCGCAACUUGCAGGAAGUACUUGGCGGUGACGAGAUUAAGAAGAUUCUUGCUGAGCGAGAUUUGAAAAUGUACUGGGGUACAGCUCCUACCGGUCGCCCUCACAUUGGUUACUUUGUGCCAAUGUCCAAAAUUGCCGACUUUUUGGCUGCCGGCGUCGAGGUUACCAUUCUUUUAGCUGAUUUACACGCUUUCCUUGAUAACAUGAAGGCUCCUCUUGAACUCGUGAAGCACCGUGCUGCUUACUACGAACAACUCAUCAAAGCAGUGUUGACCUCCAUCGGUGUUCCUAUCGAAAAGCUUAAAUUUGUGACCGGUUCCACCUUUGAAUUGUCAAAGGAAUAUACCAUGGACAACUUCAAAUUGGCUGCAUGCGUCACAGAACACGAUGCCAAAAAGGCAGGUGCUGAAGUCGUCAAACAAGUCGAUUCGCCCUUGUUGUCCGGUCUUUUGUAUCCUGGUAUGCAAGCUUUGGACGAAGAAUAUCUCGGCGUCGACGCUCAGUUUGGUGGUGUGGAUCAGCGCAAGAUUUUCGUUUUCGCUGAAAAGUACCUUCCUCAGUUGGGUUACAAGAAGCGCGCUCACUUGAUGAACCCCAUGGUCCCUGGUUUGGCCGGUGCAAAGAUGUCCUCUUCCGAUCCCGAUUCUAAGAUUGAUUUCUUGGAUGGCCCCAAGGAUGUGCAGAAGAAGAUUAAGAAGGCUUUCUGCGAAGAAGGCAAUAUCACCGAAAACGGUCUAUUGUCCUUCAUCAAAUCGGUCUACUUCCCCCUGAAGAGUCUUUACGGCAACAAGCCUCAGUUUACCGCUAUCCGCCCUGAAAAGUACGGUGGUAACAUGGUCUAUGAUACCUACCAAGCAUUAGAAGAUGAUUUCAGAGAUAAGGUUGUGCAUCCUGGUGAUUUGAAAGCUGGUGUUGUCGAAGCUAUCAAUGAAUUGCUCGAACCUAUCCGCAAGGCCUUUGAAGCUCCCGAAAUGAUGAAACUCGCUGAACUCGCUUAUCCCCCUCAAUCCACCACUCAAGUCAAGCAAAAAGUCAACAAGAAGGCCGAAAAGAAGGCAGCAAAGGAGAAGAGAAAGGCUGAACGAAAGGAAAAGGAAAACGAGGAACCCACCAAUACCGAGGCAUCUGCAGCUGAACCUGCCAAGGAAGCAUAAAAGAAUUAUCCUUUUUACCUUUUUGUUUUUUUUUUUUUCUUUCUGUCAUAUAAUCGUAGAUCCAACCCUUUGUUUUUGAUGCUUCAUCAUCAUUAUCUUUUUUCAUGUUUCGAAAUAAAUCAUUCUCAUGGUUCGUCAUUCG